ACGGUGUAUUAUCUGACGCUCUUCUGCACUUUUUAUGACAGCAAGCCGCUAUUAAAGCAUGUCUACUCCGGCGAGACGGCGGCUCAUGAGAGACUUUAAGAGACUUCAAGAAGAUCCUCCAACUGGUGUGAGUGGUGCUCCUUCAGAAAACAACAUCAUGCUGUGGAACGCUGUGAUCUUUGGGCCUGUAGGAACUCCUUUUGAAGACGGAACAUUUAAGCUGGUCAUUGAGUUUUCAGAAGAAUAUCCCAACAAGCCUCCUACGGUUCGCUUCAUCUCCAAAAUGUUUCACCCAAAUGUCUAUGCAGAUGGCAGCAUAUGUUUAGACAUUCUUCAGAAUCGCUGGAGUCCCACGUAUGACGUCUCCUCCAUUCUGACAUCCAUCCAGUCUCUAUUAGACGAGCCCAAUCCAAACAGCCCAGCCAACAGUCAAGCAGCUCAGCUCUAUCAGGAGAACAAACGUGAAUAUGAGAAGAGAGUGUCUGCCAUCGUGGAGCAGAGCUGGGUCGACUCGUAACGCAACUACACACCACAAACACUCAUAGGAUUAUUCAGUUCUUUGCCAAUGCAUUUUACAAAAAUGUGUGUGCUUAUUUAUUCCUUUUAACUGCAUGAUAAGUUAUUGCUAACAAAAUCUGAAUCAUACUGUUGUCAGAUUGAUGCAGUUGAAUGCAAAUGAUCGGCGAAGAGUGCAAUCCCUAAAUAUGUCCAUCUCAAAGUCUUCAGCAAGCCAUCAUUAAUAUAUUUGAAAACUGAUGACAUUCCUUUAAAUGCACCUGAAGAUCGACUUUGUAUCUGUAUUUGACGAUGCAUCUCGACGCUCGCGUGUUUAAUAAAACGAGGGCAUGUUCCAGCGAUGAGUUUUGAGAGAACACGCUCGGAUCACAGUGUUAAGGGGACGUUUCAGUUUAAUUUUUUCUGA